ACCACAAAACGGCUAAAAUGCAAGAGCUCAAGCAACGUUUUGAGCGUCGCCAGCUAGUGGAUGAACUAAAGCAGAAACAGGUAAUACAGGAUGGCCUGCUGCAAAAGAUACUCUACUCGAAGCGCCUGCUCGUUGACCACGUCGAGGCGCUCGAGCAAUGCAUGCAGGACCUGCAGUCCUCUGCGGCCUCCCGUCCCGGCCGGCGACUGCUGACCACGCGGAAUGCCUGCCUGCUGCUGGGCGGCACACUUCUGGAGCACUUUGUCACACCGCGUAGGCUGCGGCUCACCAUGCUUCCCACGAUCCUCGUGACCGGCACCUUUACAGCCCUCUUUGCCGUAAAGAGCGUCUUUGUGUGCCGCAACAAGAUUGUGGAGCGCAAGCUGGAGCAGCUCGUGCGGACCAUUGAUGAGUUUGGGAAUUGCAUCAGGCGCAACAUGACGUACUUUCAGGAGAUUAUCAUCAUGAAGCAGGCAGAACUAAUUGAAUCGCGACAGAUCGAGCGAGCCUGGGAUUGCAUAACGGCGGCCAAGGAGGUAACCGAGAUACUCUACGACGCCACGCGCAAGCUGGAGACGGAUUACCCGCUACCCACCAAAUACGGCUCAUACUAUGCGCCCAUGGAGGAGCUGCGAGAGUGCGAGUACUUUAAAAACAAUGUGACGGACUACAGUCCGAAGCACAUAAAGGAUUUCCACAACAUCUUUGCCUAUGUGCAGUCGCAAUAUCUGCUCCGCCUGGCGCUGACCAUCACGACGCGGCCGUCGAUCUCUCAGCUAAGCGAGGAAUUGGUGAAAAUCGAUUGUCUUGUGCGGCAAUUAGUCCAUGAGGAGGAGCACCACUUCGGCAACCUGGCCGUUGCCAUGCAGAACAGGAAACAAAUGGAGCUGGCGGAGUUGCAUGCGGCCAAGGCACAGCAGCAGCAAAGCGGCCCAAUUGCUGUACUGCAGCACUCCUCGCUGAAGCUCAGUGCCUGCAUGGUGGCCGUGGCCGGCGAGUGCCAGGCCCUGGAUAUUACUCUGCAGCAGCUGACGGCCACGGAGGCGGCUCACAAGAAUAAUGCCAAAGAACUUGUGGCCGUGGCCAGCAACAUGCGCGGGAUCGAGAAUGCGCUGGCCGUAUGCUGUGAUGAUUUCCAACGCCUGAUGCUGGUCUACAACAAGUUUUUGCACAGCAAGCUGGAUCUUGAGGAAGACCUGCCCAAGGCAGACAGCUCUACGAAGGCGGACGAUGAGUUUCCCGACAGUAUUUUGCGCGUUGAGUUCUCGCAGAACGUGGGCGAGACGCAGCAGAAGGAUGACUUCUACGCCUACAUGUACGACGAGAACGAAGCUCAGCAGUACGAGGCAGAACAGCAGGCGCCCUACCCCUCGCCCGAGAAGGAACUGCUCAACUUCGAAAAGCGCAUCACGAAGGGAAAGUUCAAGCCAGUGUUGAAGCAGCUCAAGGAUCGCAUCGAUCCCAUACGCCAAGUAAUGUUGGAGAAGGAGCGCGAGGUUCUCGCCUCCAAGGGUAUCAACGUGGACGAGCUCUUCGGCCAAACCGAGCAAGUGGAACAACAACAGCAGCAGGCAGACAAUCGCCUGACCGAUGUAUCUCAGACAGAUCGCAGCUCCGGCACCGACUCCGAGUCGGACUCUGCCGACGAACGGGACCUCAAGCAGCGCAGCAAGCAGCACAAGGAGCGAGACAACUUUGCCGAGAUGCGUCAGUUCCUGGCCCAGAAGCAGGCCAUCAACCUGUUUAAACUGGAUGCCACCCAGUUGCCCCGUCCGCCAACAGCGGUCGAGGAAGAACUUCUGGAGAGCGAGUGCUAGACAAUGCGAUUGUAUAGACCCCAUUACUGGCUACCUUUUCAUUGCUCCCACUUCCGCACUAUCUCCCACAUAUUCGGCACUAUCUGUAUAAGCUUUUAUCUUUUAUCUAACCAAUUUGUGAGAUAAGCCGCGCGCCGAGCGACUCCACCCCUCCAUCCUGCCGUUCAGUUUGUUCCUGUGUUUUCGUAUUUAGUAAUUGCUGUAAAAAGAAGACGCGCAAAUAAUAAACUUUUGUAAGUAGAUAAAAAUCCGUGCUCCGCUGAACUUGUUUCGA